AGAAAAGCUUUCUGAGAGGGAUCAAAGCUGCUAAGUUUUGGAAUAGUAGCCGUUGGAAUUCUCUGUCAAUGAACUUCAAGUUAAACGCAGAUAUUGCCAAUUCAAGCGCCGGUCGCUGAAAGGGAGGGGGUGGAAAGGACAGCAGAAGAGAGCCUCAACUACACAACCUGGUUGAUGAAAGACCUGUUUGAGUCCCGUGUUUAUCCCAUAGAUUUCUAGAGUUCAUUUCUGACUCUCUGUUCAGUUGAUCCGCCCUCUUUGCAGCUCAUAACAGGACAAUUACCUGGCCAUAUUUAGAAUAUCCAAUAUUGUCGCUCAAGUCGCAUGAAGCAGGAAAAAUGGAGACAGAAAUAAAGGAGACGGUUGUAGAGUGCGGUACUCAAGUGGAUAUACGAGAUUUCGAAAUCCGGACGUGUUCAAGCGUGGCAAUACAAGUUGAACCGAACGACUUUCAAGCUGUCAAAGAAAUAACAAAGCACAGCGAUGCCUUACCACUUCUAACAACCCAGCCAUCUUCAGAGGAAUUUGUCGAGAAAGCGAACCCAACAGAAUACCGCUGCGAUUAUUGUUGUGGUUGCUUGUUUUGUGAAAAAGGACAUGCGUGGUACAGUAUUCGUGGUAAAGCCUGCUUCUGGGUAUUACUUCUAACGCCAGGGUACCUUAUACUGGGUGUGUUUUUGUUACCGUUCUUCUUUCUUAUGGGAAUUGCUUAUUGCGUUGCUGCUGCCAUAGAAUGAAUGGGAUGAAGUUGUUGUUGGCGUAUUCAACGUCUUGCUCAAAUCAAGAACAAAGCGAGAGAAUUGAAUAAACAAUUGAUGAAAAAGGAUUUCCGCAAAGCAUCAUUUUCGUCUUCUCAGAUGUUCCUAUAUUACAAACGACAAAAACCGCCGUUUAUGGCGUUUGCAAAUGUAAAUAAAAUUUUCAAAUUUAGUGCCUACACUCUUCCAUUGUAAUCAACUACAGUUGUGGUCUAAUAAUAAUAAUAAUAAUAAUAAUAAUAAUAUAUUUA